AUGUCGAACCAAGUCUCAGAAAGCACGACGAACGAAAGCUUCAUGAUGCAAGAUAUAGGGAACAUGCAGUCGCUCACUCUGAACGAUCUUCCCGACAUCAUCAGACAGACAGAGCUCAGCGUCGAGGUACUCGAGGCGAAAGAAGCAGAACUGGAGGGUGCAUGA